AAAGGGUUUUAAACAAAGGAGUAUUCAUACCAUACAUCAGAGAAUCCACAUUGCAAAGAAGCCUUAUGUAUGUAACCAAUGUAGAAUGGGUUUUAGAUAUAAGAGAAGUCUUACUGUACAUCAGAGAAUUCACACUGGAGAGAAGACUUAUGAAUGUAAUGAAUGUGGAAAGACUUUCAUAUAUCGCUCCCAUCUUGCUCUCCAUCAGAGAACCCACACUGGAGAGAAACCUUAUCAAUGUAAUCAGUGUGGAAAGGCUUAUAGAGACAAGGGAACUCUUAGUGUACAUCAGAGAACCCACACUGGAGAGAAACCUUAUCAAUGUAACCAGUGUGGAAAGACCUUCACACAGAGCUACUCUCUUCGUGAACAUCAGAGAAUCCACACUGGAGAGAAGCCUUACAAAUGUAAUGAUUGUGGGAAAACUUUCACAUAUCGCUCCUAUCUUGCUGUCCAUCAGAGAAUCCACACUGGAGAGAAGCCUUAUGAAUGUAAUGAAUGUGGAAAGACUUUCACAUAUCGUUCCCAUCUUGCUAUGCAUCAGAGAAUCCACACUGGAGAGAAGCCUUAUGAAUGUAAUGAAUGUGGAAAGAUUUUCAGAUACUGCUCAAGUCUUGCUAAACAUAAGAGAAUCCACACUGGAGAGAAACCUUAUGAAUGUAACCAAUGUGGAAAGACUUUUGCAAAGAGAAACCUUCUUUUUGUACAUCAGAGAAUCCACACUGGAGAGAAACCUUAUGAAUGUAAUGAAUGUGGAAAGGCUUUUAGACAAAGGGCAACUCUUAGUGUACAUCAGAGAAUCCACACUGGAAAAAAACCUUAUGAAUGUAAGCAGUGUGGAAAAGCCUUCACACAGAGCCACUAUCUUCCUGAACAUCAGAGAAUCCACACUGGAGAGAAGCCUUAUGAAUGUAAUGAAUGUGGAAAGACUUUCACAUAUCGCUCCUAUCUUGCUAUCCAUCAGAGAAUCCACACUGGAGAGAAGCCUUAUAAAUGUAAUGAAUGUGGAAAGACUUUCACAUAUCGCUCCCAUCUUGUUAUGCAUCAGAGAAUGCAUACUGAAGAGAAGCCUUAUGAAUGUAAUGAAUGUGGAAAGACUUUCACAUAUCGCUCCCAUCUUGUUAUGCAUCAGAGAAUGCAUACUGAAGAGAAGCCUUAUGAAUAUGCAGCAAGCACUCAUGGGGUGCCAAUGAGAUAUGUCCGUCUUUUCCACCAGGAGAAGCCAGAAACAGAGGCUUCCAGCAAAAAGGAGAUGAAGAUUGGAGUGACAGACACUCAUACUGACCUGUGA